AUGUCAACACGUCAAAAAGUAUCACCAUGGCAGUCAGUGCUAGCCGGCGGAGCUGCAGGUGGUUUCGAGAGCUUAAUCACGUAUCCAACUGAGUAUCUUAAAACACGUCAACAACUAUUCAAAGCCGGAAAAGCAGAAAAGCAAUCCGCCACCCAGUUGCUCGUCUCUACGAUCCGUCAGAAUGGCAUCAGGGCUCUAUAUACCGGCAGCAGCGUUUUCUGCCUCUCUAACGCCUCCAAAUCCGCCAUCCGGUUCCUUACAUUCGAUUUCAUCCGGCAGUUCAUGCCAACCGACGCUUCAGGCAAAGUAACCCCAGUGGGAAAUAUGGGGGCAGGCCUUAUGGCCGGUAUCGCGGAGGCAGUGGUGGUAGUCACACCUGGCGAGACCAUUAAAACGAAGAUGAUUGAUGACCGUGCCGGACCCCGACUAUAUCGCUCUACAAGUCACGGUAUCAGGUCUAUUGUUGCCAGAGAUGGACUGGCAGGAUUAUACCGUGGUGUGGUACCCGUUACGCUGAAACAGGCCUCGAAUUCGAUGGUGAGAUUUACGAGCUAUAAUCUAUUUCUGGCACAGAUGGAAGCGAUGAGUCUACCACUCAGCGACGGGGUACGCAAAUCGGUCAAUACCGUCGUGGCGGGUGCUUUGGCAGGAGUUGUCACUGUUUAUGCGACUAUGCCGUUUGAUUCGAUUAAAACGCGACUGCAGGCUAUUGAUGGACAUCAAAGAUACCGUGGCUCAUGGGACUGUUUGAGGUCUGUCGUUUUGCACGAAGGUGCUUCUGCGCUUUGGAGAGGGACGACGCCUAGACUUGUGAGGCUAAGUGUCUCGGGGGCACUGAGCUUUUCCAUCUAUGAGUUUGUUGUUCAGUGGAGCAAUAAAUUUCGAUCUGAUGUAGCGACAAAGGAGAUUCCUGCAAAAUUAUGA